AUGCUAAAAGACUGUACAUUUUGCUCUAUUCCAGUGCCUGAUGACCUCUCCAUAGAAGAAAGAGAAGAGCUGUUAAAUAUUCGUCGCAGGAAAAAAGAACUGAUUGAUGAUAUUGAGAGAUUGAAAUUUGAAAUUGCUGAGGUUAUGACAGAAAUUGAUAAUCUGACUAGUGUAGAAGAAAGCAAAACUACACAAAGAAAUAAGCAAAUAGCCAUGGGAAGGAAGAAAUUCAACAUGGACCCUAAGAAGGGAAUACAGUUUCUGAUAGAAAAUGACCUCCUGCAGAACACUGCAGAAGACAUUGCACAGUUCCUUUAUAAAGGAGAAGGAUUAAAUAAAACGGUAAUUGGAGAUUACCUCGGUGAAAGAGAUGAAUUUAAUAUUAAAGUUCUUCAGGCUUUUGUUGAACUCCAUGAGUUCGCUGAUCUCAAUCUUGUACAAGCCUUAAGGCAGUUUCUGUGGAGCUUCAGACUCCCAGGAGAGGCUCAAAAAAUUGAUCGUAUGAUGGAAGCUUUUGCUUCACGCUAUUGCCUUUGUAACCCAGGAGUCUUCCAGUCUACAGAUACAUGCUAUGUGCUUUCAUUUGCGAUCAUUAUGUUAAAUACCAGUCUGCACAACCACAAUGUAAGAGAUAAACCAACAGUAGAGAGGUUUAUUUCUAUGAAUCGAGGAAUUAAUGAAGGUGGAGACCUUCCAGAAGAAUUACUACGGAAUUUAUAUGAAAGUAUUAAGAAUGAGCCGUUUAAAAUUCCAGAGGAUGAUGGAAAUGAUCUAACGCAUACAUUUUUUAAUCCAGAUAGAGAAGGUUGGCUGCUGAAAUUAGGAGGGGGAAGAGUAAAAACGUGGAAACGGAGAUGGUUUAUUCUGACUGAUAAUUGCCUGUAUUACUUUGAGUACACAACAGACAAAGAACCUAGAGGAAUUAUUCCGUUAGAAAAUCUUAGCAUAAGAGAAGUUGAAGACCCUAGAAAACCAAACUGCUUUGAGCUCUAUAACCCCAGUCAUAAAGGUCAAGUAAUUAAAGCCUGUAAAACUGAAGCUGAUGGUAGAGUGGUGGAAGGCAACCAUGUAGUGUAUAGAAUAUCUGCUCCCACCCCAGAAGAAAAGGAAGAGUGGAUUAAAUCUAUCAAAGCAAGUAUCAGCAGGGAUCCCUUUUAUGAUAUGCUGGCAACAAGGAAACGAAGAAUUGCAAAUAAGAAAUAG